AUGAAGCUGAAGCGCGCAAAAGCAUACAAGAAGCAGCUUCAUCAGUACGAAGUCAACUUCGGAUUCCGCGAACCCUACCAAGUUCUGCUCGAUUCACAAAUUCUGCAAGAUGCAUACAAUUUCAAGAUCGACCUUAUCGCGCGCAUCCAGAAGAUGCUUGGUGGACAAGUCAAGCCCAUGAUUACCACUUGCGACAUGCGACACCUCUACAAUGCGAAGCCCAAGAACGAGACCCUCAUAUUACAAGCAAAAGAGUACGAGCGCCGCAGAUGCAACCAUCAAGACCUCGAUGAACCACUUAGCACACACGACUGUCUAAGCUCUGUCGUAGAUCCUAAAGACAGUGCGACCAACAAGCACCGAUACGUAGUUGCGGCCAAUGAUUCAGAUACGCGCGCAAAGAUGCGAACAAUUGCCGGUGUACCCAUCAUAUACCUAGCCAAGUCGGUGGUACUCAUGGAGUCUAUGGCUGAAAUCACAGAGCAGCACCGCGAGCGAGAAGAAAAAUCAAAAUUCAAACUGGGGCUCAAAGGACAGCGCAAGCCAGAUGCGCCAUUGAAGAGGAAGCGAGGAGACGAGGGACAAGACGGUGAUGGCAGUCGCUCUAUUGAGGAACAAUCUACAGGAGAUGCAAAACCCAAGCCCAAGAAACGAAAGGGCCCCAAGGGCCCCAAUCCGCUGAGUGUCAAGAAGCCCAAGAAGGAAAAGACGGCUGCGCAGUCGAGUGCUACCAAGAAGACACGGCCAUCCACAUUGAAUGUAACCGAAGGAGGCAGUCGAGGGAACGAGGAUGAGGAUUCUGCGCCGCGUAAGAGGAGGAGAAAGCAUAAGCCCAAAGCUGAAGGUGGUGAUGAGGCACAAGGUGGUGAGGGGCCGGCCUCGCCAUGA